UGGUCUACUUAUUGGAGAUGGUAUCUACACUUGGUGAGAUAUAUUUAACCAUUAUUAAAUCAGUUUAUAUUACUACAGCCACAUAUACUUCAAUCUAUGAACAAUAGCAAGUAUCCGUAUAUUAGCACAUUAUUAAAUCAUCUGAUAUUACUACAGCUAGCAGUAGUACCAUGACAAGUCCAAAUAUUAUUAUCUCCUAUCCUUCGAGUAAUCAUGUAGAUGUAUAUUAUAUAGCAUGACUCUUCAUACUAUAACGUAUUAACUACAAACUCUGUUUAUAUGAUAAUCUCGAAAGCAAAUCCAUAUUAUUAUUGGUGUAACUUAGGAUAAUUUUGGUUUAUUUUACCCAAAAAAAAAUCCAUAUUAUUAUAAUCUCUAAUGUGUAGUUCGGUUUAGGGUUUUCAAUCUCCCAACUUAUUAUUAAUUAACCUACACUAGACCUAUAUAUAAAUAACACCCUCGUGAAGAAUUAUAAUAAACUCAAAUUGAAACAAGUCCAUGCAUGAUUUGCAUCAAAUUAGUUCAAAAGAACAAGUCCAUGAUUAGAUAUUUUCAUAUCUUACCAAAACGUCAAACAUCUCAAUCACAUGAUGUUGAAAGAUGAGAAUUAAGAGGGCCACUCUUCGUAUUGCUUGAGCGUUGAGACUUUGGAUGAUAAAUGUCUUUAAAAAAAUCUGCAAAAGAUUAGCAAUAAAAUUAAUAAUAAUUAGAAAAAAGCAAUUUUCCAAAUCAGAUAAUAUUUGAAAUAGUUCUACUUCUACGUGGCAAACACUCGUUUUGGGAAAGCGUACGAGGAACUCCAUACUAAUUUCUCGUAACGAAUUAUGAUCUUUUAAAAUUAAUCUCCCUGACGAAUUUCUUAUUUAUCCAUUAAACACCGUAAAAGGAAACUUCUUCUCCAAAAUAACAAGUCAUCUUCCACGCCAAGAGCACAACACGUGUCAAAAGCGCAACGUGUCGUUCCAUCUAACUUGCGCCUUAAGACAUCGUUCAAAGAUCCAAAAGGAAAAUCUAUAUAGCGGUGCUAACGUACACCAUCUCUCUAGCUGUCGCUUCUCAAUCUUCUCUUCCUUCUCCCUUGUUUCAUCUCUCUCUCUAAUCUUUGUCUAACCAAUCAUUCCUACAUAUACGCUUAUAUAUAAUCACAAAAAUAAAUUAUAAACCGCCAUACAAAAAAAAAAACAAAGACGUAUGUAUAUAAGAAACAAGAAGCUUUGUCUAUCAUUCACCUGAAUCACAUAUACCUUUGAGCUCCAGAGAAGAUGAUGAAAAUGAAGAAUCUUCUUAGUUCUAGAUUAAAGUCUUCCUCUGCAAGACAAGAAAAUUCUGAGAAGGAAUAUCGUCGUAGCUUGACGUCCAAGCUAAGUGUUAACGAGGAGUACAAGGAAGCUUUUAGGACAAAGUCCUACUUAGAUAUUCGGACAAAAGCAGAAGAUCAAUUAGGCAUAACAUUAUCUAGCAAACUCUCUUCUUCUCCUCCGUCUUCUUCUCAUUCUCCUCCAUCCUCAGAUCUCAUCUUCCAUUCACACUUCACCGAUUACUUGCUCGACCCUCCUCAAGAAACUCUCGAUGCUCUCAUGCAAGACUCGAGUUUCCACAAUCUUCUAGCUAACUUCUUUGACUUUAGCUCCGAUGCUUGUGAUGUAUGCGAGUCUCUCCUUCAAAGCAUCCAACAAAUCAAGAUCAAUCACGUAAAAAUCAAAAGGGUUAUCAAGAUUGGUAAAAGGGUUUGUAAUAAUGGUGCUAAAACCCCUGAACGUGCUUUGAUAUUUCAAGAGCUCUCGAGAUACGCCUUGCUGAAAAACCCUUUGUAUAGUAUCAUCAACCAAGCUCAGUUCCGGAGAGUUCAUGAUGCAAACUCGGAGUUGCUCGCUAGAUUAACUUCUAAAAGGAGAAGAAUCAGGAGAAAAGACAGGUUCUUUAAGUUUUGCAAGAAGCUAGGAGGUUGUAGUCUAGUGAUAUCUCAUAGCGCUAUUGUUAUUACAUUGCUGAUCGUAGCGUUACACAGCAUACUCGGCGUUUUAGUAGCUCCUGCUAUGCUCGGUUUUUGCUCGUUAGGUCUUUUGAGGAAAAAGAAGAAGAAAGCGAAAAGAAACAUGAAGAAUAAGAGCAAGACUGAUCCAACGCUAGAGAAGCUAGGGACACAAAUGGAUAUAGCAGCUAAAGGAAUGUUCAUAAUGAUAAAUGAUUUGGAUACGUUGAGUAGACUUGCCGGGAGAUUAUGCGAUGAGAUAGAGCAUAGAAAAACGGUAGCUGCCAUGUGUGCUAAGAGUGGGAAGAUUGAAGUGUUAAAGGAAGCCUUGAGAGAGUUUAGUGGACAUGAAGAAAGAUUCUUAGAGCAAUUGCAAGAGCUUGAAGAACAUCUCUACCUUUGUUUCCACACUAUUAAUAGAUCAAGAAGACUAGUGUUUGCGCAAAUCACAGGACCAAGUUCUUGAUUCUUUUGAUUCAUCAAAAAAAUACUUUUGUAGGGUUUAUGAAACAUUUAUAUAAAGUAAUAAAUAUGUAAGAAUGUCUUUCAAUGUUUUUGUCACAUUUCUAGUGAAACUGAGUCAAAGAAGGAAACUAUCUGAUUCUUUUGUUGUUCUUGUAAUCUUCACUGGAUUUUAAACUAUGCUUUUGUUCUUGGCAUAAUCAUCGAUAUAUCCUAUUUGAUUAGCUUGAAUUUGUUUUGAUCACGUAGAAUUGGUUAGUCGAGGAUCUUGAUGUACACGGUCAAUUUUAUAUGAGCUACAAUAUUCUAUUUAAUCAUUUUUAUUAGAUUUAAGUUCGUUAACCCAUUAAAACGAGAUAUUUUUAUUUUCUUUUGAACAACCAUUCAUUUAGUACAUUACAUAAUAGGAAAUCUCUAAUAUUCUUAUAUAUAUUUUGGAAGUCUCUAAUAAUAAAAACUAGAUUAUGACCUGCGCCGUCGCGCAUGAUUAUGUUUAUUUAUAUUUUUAAUUCAGUUUCACAUUUAACAAAUUAUGAUUUGAAGGUAUUGCUUAACUUUAGUGUAAAGUAUUUUUGUAAAAUGUUGUUGUUUUUAUUUGAAUGAAUUGGAUUAUUUAAAUGAGCUUUGAACCAUAGAUGUAUUUAAAAGAUAGAUUUAUGUAUCUUGUUAGAUAUUCUAUUUUAUUUAAUAUUAAUUACUACUAAUACACAAUCUGUAAUAUAUAAAAAUAUAGUUUACAAAUAAUUAGGAAAUUUACUACUAAUGUCGAAUCCUAUCUGGUAAUCAUUAAACUUAAUUUUGAAGAUUGAAGACCAUGAAUUUUGAAUUAGAUAUAUUAAAAUAAUAUGAAAUAUAUAUAAAGUUUUAUGGAGAACUAAUUUACUUGAGUAGUGUUAGAUUUUAUAAAAGAUGACUUUUAUAAACAAUUUUCUAUCUAUUUUUUUGGCAAUAUUAUUAAAUUUCUUUUGACAAUAAAACGAACAAAAUUAAUAUGUUUAUAUAAAUUAUAAAUUUUCUAGUAACAUUUUAAAAUAAAACAUUGUAGAGUGUUGAUUCUAUAAGUAAGUAGUUUUAACAUGAAUUCUUUAAAUCAGUUUUAAACUGUAACAUAUUUGAGUAAGGUGAUAAGUUUGAAUAAAAACCGUUGAAAAUGAAUGUACUUUUCACAGAGUAUUUUAUUGUUUUGUUGUGAUUGGAAAAAAGCUACAUGACUCCUUAUAUAUAUAGUGUAAAGUCUAUUGUUGGUCCAUUUUAUUUCAAAUUUAACUAAUUAGUCUACUACUAUAUUCAAAUCCACACGGAAGCGCGAUAUUAUUUACAAUUUAUUAUGAUAUAGAGAUUAAUAGUAAUGUAAUUAA